GGGGGCACCAUCAGCACGAAUCCGGUGGAAAUCGAAUAAUAUAUCUACCUAGCUAAUAUAUUAUAAUGUCUAAAUCAAACACAAUAUUUGGAUUAGUAUUUCGAUCACUUCCAAUUUCGCCGUCGAGGAACACGUUCGUAGCUCGGACAAUUCGACGCCGCACGUUCAACACCAGUUAUAGCGCCACCGCCGACGACAUGACUGUUGACAUACCCGCGACCGAUGAAAAGUCGGAAACGACACCGACCCAAACUGCUUGGUCAUCGAAAAUGAUUGCUUGGCAAGCUCACUCGUACAGCACCGUCGAUGAUUUGGUACUAACCAGCAACGCCCGAUCGCCGACGAUGGUGGAGGCCCAUGAAGUGUUGGUGCGUGUCAAAGCUUCGUCGGUGAACCCUCUUGACGUGCUCAUGGCCGAGGGCUUUGGUCAAGUACUGUUGAGCACUAUCCGUCAAGUAGAAAAAAUGUCCCUGCACAAACCAGUUGAAUUCCCACUAACGUUGGGGCGUGAUUUUUGUGGAGAAAUCAUAGCCAAAGGAGUGAAAGUCAAGAGCUUUAAUGUCGGUGAUAUGGUUAUGGGUGUAGUGCCUCCCUUCCAUCAAGGUUGCCAUUCUGAAUUUGUCGCUGUUCCCGAAGGUCUGGUAGCUAAGAAACCAGAUCAUUUGACUAAUGAAGAAGCGGCAGGAUUACUGUAUACAGGCUUGACUGCAUGGUCUGCUUUGAAAUUGAUCGGUGGCUUGUACAUUCUGAAAGCUACUAACAAAAAUAUAUUAGUCAUUGGUGGAUCCGGGGGUGUCGGUAAUUGUGCUAUACAAUUAUUAAAGCAUUGGGGUGCUAAGGUAACUACUACAUGUGAUUCAACUGCCAUAAACUUGGUGAAAGGUCUUGGACCUGAUAAUAUUAUAGAUUAUACAGCUAAAGAUGCCCGACAACAGUUAGAAGAACAUGGAAAGUAUGACAUAAUCCUAGAUGCAGCAGGAAUAUCAUAUAAUAAAAUCGGUUCUUAUACACCUUUGUUAAAAGAGUGGUCUUGUUCUACGUUUAUUACACUUCGUAGUCCCCUUUUACACAAUACGGAUUCAUAUGGCUUGUUUGGGGGCAUGUUUAAAAAUGCAAUUGACCUUCUAGUUCCAAACAUUUUAUCUGGAGCAGUAUUCAAAGGUUCUUCAAUACGAUGGGGAACUUUUCUUCCAGUUGAAUGUGGUGUAAAAGAACUUGCUAAAUUAGCUGAAGAAAAGAAAAUUUUAAUUCCUUUAGAAAAAACUUUUAAAUUUAUGGAUCUUAAGGAUGCAUACAAAAGAGUACAGGAAGGACAUUUAAGAGGCAAAGUUAUUAUAACUUUUGAUAAACCUAGUAUGGAUAAAGCUAGGUUAACUAAUGACAUUAACAGUAUGACGAAGACGGACGAUUCUGCCGCUGAGGGUGGACGGACGUGGCCCGACCGAAUGACGGCGUGGCAAAUUGACACUUACGCGCCAUUUGAGGACUCGGCCGUGAUCAACGAUAAGGCAGAAUUACCGGCAUCACUCGGGCCCAGAGAAGUUCUGGUGCGUGUCAAAGCGUCGUCUGUCAAUCCUAUAGAUGUGCUCAUGGCCGAGGGUUAUGGACAAGUACUAUUGGGCAGGGUCCGACAGGCGAAAAAAAAGUCGCUGUUCAGGCCCGUCGAGUUCCCAUUGACUUUAGGGCGGGAUUUCGCUGGUGAAGUGGUUGCGAAAGGAGCUGAAGUCAGCUCGGAACACUUCGCUAUCGGCGACGCCGUUCUGGGUGUCGUAGCCCCUUUUCAACACGGCUGUCACGCUCAAUUUGUCACAGUUCCUGUAACUCAGGUAGCCAAGAAGCCCGAUCACAUGCCCUACGAGGAAGCUGCGUGCUUGUUGUACACAGGCCUGACUACAUGGUGCGCCUUGACGUCGGCAGGCGGUCUAAACGCUUCUAACGCAGCCGACAAGAACGUACUGGUCAUCGGCGGAUCCGGUGGUGUCGGUAAUAGUGCAAUACAGAUACUCAAAUCGUGGGGCGCCAAGGUAACUACUACGUGUAGUACAAAUGCCAUAAAUCUAGUGAAAGAACUUGGACCAGAUAAUAUCAUUGACUACACUACCGUAGAUCUACAAAAACAGUUGGAGCAAUACGGAAAGUACGACUUGAUUUUAGACGCGGCCGGGAUACCGUAUGAAGACAUCGGUGGCGCGUACACGCCACUGUUGAAAUCUUGGUCGUGGGCUAAAUUCAUUACUCUGCGCAGUCCCGUGUUGCAUAAUACAGACUCGUAUGGCAUGGUGUUCGGCAUGUUGAAAAACGUGUACGACCUGGUGGCGCCGAACGUCUGUUCAGGCGCCGUGUUUAAAGGCUCCACAAUUCGAUGGGGAUUUUUCAUGCCCGUAGAGCGCGGCAUAGAGGAGUUGGCCCUUCUAGCUGCAGAGAAAAAGAUUACUGUCCCAGUCGACAGCGUUUACGGAUUUGCAGAUAUGAAGAAAGCGUUUGGUCGGGUAAAAGCCGGACACCUCCGUGGUAAGGUGGCCGUCAAGUUCGACGAAAAGUAACGGGAAAGCCGGAGCUAACCUAAUAAUUCAGAACAUCAAUGAAGUGGAACGGUUAUAAUAAUGUAUUUGGCUUGUAGCUUGUUAGUGAAAAAUCUGUUAGUAGUGUUUGCUUCUUCCCGAUAAAUGUAUCCCCCCUGUACAUUUAAACGAUUAGGUUCUAAAUUAAAUUUAUUUAUUUUUAUACACUCAAUUAACAAUCAUGUAUUUUAUAAAGUUCAAUACAUCAUACUAAUCUAUAUUGUUUAAAACAAAGAUAUCGUGUAAAAAAUUAGUACAUUGAUUAUCAGCGGCAGUAAAGCAGUAGACUGUAACCAAAAUUCCAAAAAAGUUUAUAUUUUAUAAAAUAAUAAUUACCAUGGUUUACGAGUAACUAAUUAGUGUAUCAUGUAGGUAUGUAAAAAAUUAUAUCGAUCUGUAGUCUUAAAUGUAUUUAAGUUUAAAGUCAUGUACGUCAACCUGUUAUUCAUCAAUUUUUUUUUUUUUUCGUACAAUUAUUGUAACUUUUAAUUAUAAAACUGUGUACCUAAU